UCGCUGGAAUCCACCGACCCCGGUCAAUCCGCCUCUCCUCCGGCCGGCGUCGCGAACAGACCCCGCCGCCCGUGGAUGAAUUCGGCAUGGAGCAAGUAGCGGAGCCGUCUUGGACUUCUUCGUACACCUACCAGGUGAGCAAGCACAGCGCGGAGAUGCUACACAACCUCGACGCGCAGAGGAAAGAUGGAGGCAGGUUCUGCGACGUGGUGCUGCGGGUCGGCGAGGAGAGCUUCCCGGCCCACAGGGCGGUGCUGGCCGCCUGCAGCGAGUACUUCGAGUCGGUGUUCGGCCGCCAGGCGGAGGGCGACGCCAGGGAGCUGGAGAUGCACACCAUCAGCCCGAAAGUUUUCAAAGACAUCCUGGACUUCGCGUACACCUCCAAGAUCGUGGUGCGACUCGAGUGCUUCCCCGAGCUGAUGACAGCCGCCAAGUUCCUGCUGAUGAGGUCGGUGAUCGAGAUCUGCGCGGAGGUCAUCAAGCAGUCCAACAUCCAGAUCCUGGUGCCCACCUCCCGGGGGGGAGAGGCCAGCCUCUUCCAGGCCACGGCCGCCUCGGAGCUGGGUUUCCCGGCGGCUCCGGAGGGGCUGGUGAACGGAUCCGGGCUGCUGCUGAACGGCCGGAGCUUUGCUAGCGAUGUGCAGAUGUCCCUGGAGGCGGGAGAGGACACCGCCGUGCUGCUGGAGGACGGCGGGGAGUCCUCGGUGCCGAUGCUGGAGCCUGUGGACGGGCUGUCCGGGUCCCCCACCGCGGAGCUACCGGGGAACAAGCUGCAUCACCGGGACGGCUCCCCGGCGUCCAAGAGGAUCCGGGGCCGACCGAAGAAAGCUGCUGGUGGUGGGGUCGUGGAGGCUCUUCCCCUCACCCACAGCACCCCCCAGAAAGACACCGGGCUGUUCCCGUGCUCCACCUGCGGGAAAGCGUUCACCGAAGCCUCGCGCCUGAAGAACCACGAAGCCCAGCACGGAGCCUCCAGCGGCGGGGGGUCGCACAGCCUGGGGGACAGCCUGUCCCCGGCGGGCGGCUUGUCCCUCAUGUCCCACCCGGGGCUGCUGGAGAACGGGCUGGGGAUGGACAACCCUCGCAAGCGGGAGAGGACCCGGCGGCACGUCGGCUGCGACAUCUGCGGGAAGGUGUUCCGCGACGUGUACCACCUGAACCGGCACAAGCUGUCCCACUCCGGGGAGAAGCCGUACGCGUGCCACGUGUGCGGGCUCCGGUUCAAACGCAAGGACAGGAUGUCUUACCACGUGCGGUCCCACGACGGAUCCGUGGGGAAACCGUACGUGUGCCAGAGCUGCGGGAAAGGCUUCUCCAGACCCGACCACCUGAACGGACAUAUCAAACAAGUUCACACAACAGAGAGACCCCACAAGUGCCAGAUUUGUAAUGCCUCUUUUGCUACGAGAGAUCGCCUCCGGUCACAUCUCGCCUGUCACGAGGACAAAAUCCCCUGCAAAGUUUGCGGCAAGUUCCUGCGCGCUGCCUACAUGACGGAUCACCUGAAGAAGCACAGUGAAGGAACACAUAACUACUGCGGCAUCUGCAACAAAGGUUUCUCCACUGCGUCCUACCUUAAGGUGCACAUAAAGACACACCACGGCUCUCCACUGCCCCCCUCAGCCACAAUGCACAACUUCCCUGAGCCAAGGGGGGGACUGCAGAUGCACAACGGCACCCCUUACCACAUGGGACACCAGUGCUCAGUGGAAGACCUGUGCGCCAGUCGCCAGCUGCUUCUCACCUCGUCUGAGGCGGAGGGUCGCUUUCAUGGGCUCUCUGGACACCCAGUUCAUCCACAGCCUGGCCCUCCAGCCUUGGGCCUGCAGCCUGAGCUGCUCAUGGGGAAGCCAGGUGGGACUCCAUAUUUCUGGGAGUGUCGCUCUGGCGGGGUGCCUGGCUUCCCCGUCCAUGGGCCGGUUACAGACGGAGAGGAGAACGCUGAGAGAUGUCCUCAUCUGGAAUCAGAGGAAUCAGAUCCUUCAUUUGGAGAGAUGCCAAACAGUGACGAACUGAGAUCUCCACACAAACCCGACGAGCCGGAGCUUGAGAUGCCAUCUUUGUCCUGCAACGGAGCUUCAGGGGGGGCGUUGGGUUCCCCCGAGGGAUCCAAAGCCAAGACGGACCCUGAGAAGAAGUUUACCUGCGGGAUCUGCGGUCAGGCCUUCCGCACAAAGUCCUACCUCAACAAGCACCAGCACAGAGUUCACAAAGGCCAGAAGGCCCAGGGCGUUUCAGGGUCUGGCGCUAGUGAGCAGACCUCGUCCCUGUCCUCUCCCUUCUCCCCCCAACAAAACAUGUCCUUGCUCGAGUCCUUUGGCUUUCAGAUUGUCCAGUCCGCUUUCGCCUCGUCACUGGUGGACGCUGAGGCAGGUCAAAGUGGACUCGACUUUGGAGGGAAGUGACAAGUUUGCUGGAGAUAUAAUGAAGCUUGUCUCUUGCUGGUCAAAGCCGGGUUGCCCACAGAAGAUGAACCGUAUUUGGGAAUAACUUUGCCUCAAGACUACUUUUUUCUGUUUGUCACGUUGCUUAAUAUGUAUCCAAUAUUUUUGUCAGAGACUGCCAUACGAUUCCUACUUUUUCUACUUUUUCAGAGUAUGAAAAGUGAACGUUGUGUACAUUUUAUUUGUGAAGAAACGACAUGAAGGUUUUAUUUCCUUUGUCUGACAUGAACCUGUUGAAGUUAUGUUUGGUAGGCUCUCAGUUGUUUUUGGCUUGUGUGUUUAUCUUAGCUGCACAUAUGUUCCUGACAUGAAAUUAAUUAUUUACGGCAUUCUUAAAAUGAAGAUUUUCUUUUAAAUGUCGGCCAGCUCUGAUGUACUUGGUAAAUCAACCCUUGGCCAUUAUAACAGUUUUUAAUCUUUCAUAUAAGCAGAUGUCUUUACCUCAGAGCAACAGGAGGACUGAGUUCUGAAUUUAUGUUGGAUUUAGUUUUUAUUCAGACCAUGGAUUUAAAUUGGCCUCAAUUUUUCAGACAAGUUUUGCUGCAUAUCUGUUAAUUUCAGACAAUUUACCUUAUUCCUAACAGGCACACGGCAUAUUUCAUUACGCAUUUAUUAUGAGCAACAACUUUGUACAAAAAGAGUGGGUUUAAAGGUGGCUGAGUAGCACUGAUAGUUGUCAAGGACCUUUGGGAAUCAUUAUCGACAGGAUUGUAGCUGACAACGGACAGUUCAGAAGCACUUUUAAAACAAGUAUCAUUAAAACUACCUUUUAUUUGUUAUGGCACCGACACAAAACACAUUUGGCUUCUUAGAAGUUGGCAAAAAAUAUUUCACCCAUAAGAAAAAUAGUAAUUAAGCUACCUCAGAAGGUAUUAACACCACAGUGCUUUGUUGUUAAUGUGUGAUAAUCAUAGCUUAAUCAAGUUUUAUGGUGUUUACUUUAUUGGAUUUCUAGAAUUAAAGGUAAAAAAUGAAAACGACCUCAAAGCCCCAGCAGCUUUAAAUCUUCCUAAUUUAGUCAGUACUUAGAAGGACCUGUUUCGUCAUUAUUUAGCAAAAAACCUCAGAGGAAAGUUGUAUUUGUGAAUCUUGAGCAGAGUUGGUAGACUGAGGUCACGUCUAACAGAAUGUGCCCCUGGCAGCUCAUUUGGCUGUGAAUAGCCUUUUUUUGAUCUCAUCAUUAGUAAAAAAAUUUAAAAAAAGAAUAAUUAAUAUAAAAAAGUGCAAACCUAAGGAGAGGAAAGCCAUUUAUUAUUGUGAUUUAUACUGUGUCCAGCAAUGUUUUUUAUCAUUUAAUGAAAUAGGGUUUUUUCUAUCACGUCGGGUAAAUUUAGAUUUAAAAUCGGUCUUGAAACAUGCCUUGAGCUUGUUGGGACCCCCACACCCCUCACAACAAUGACGAAGUUUCCGAGUAUUGUUUGUUAGUUACGAAAUCAGUGGUGUACAUUAACCAGGGACCAAGGUCAGGUAUAUUUUCAGUCUAUUUUUUGAGAAAUGUAAAUUAUAUUUUAUUAACUUAUUCAUGCCCGAUUUUCUUUUUUUGUGUACAGUUUUUUAGUUUUGAUUGUCAAACAAAAAUCUUGUGAUUUGCUCAUUUUGAUAAUUUUUUCACUGUAGAUCAUGUUAAAUGGAGUUCCGUGCGUGUUCUUGUGUGCGCGUUGUGCAGCAGUGAACGGGUGAGAGGAGGGAUUCACGCCCUGAUCCACCAGCUUCUGCACCGACCAAACGUAAUGCAACCUUUUCAGAGUCAAGUAACUAAGCUCAUGUUCUUUGUCCAGUGUUUAUUCAUCUUCUUCGCCUGCACGUCUUGUAUUGAUCAGCCCCUCUGUCAGUGAUCUAUCAUUCGCUUGCUCUGUUGUGUAGAUGACACGACUUGUGUUUUGCACUAACGUCCACUCGGUUAAGGCACAAGUAAUCCACCUUGCUGUCUUUAAUUCAAACUGUUGAACCCAAACAUUCCUGUGAUGAGAACAAACUUAAAUGAGCCAUUUGUACUUUUUAAAUAACCCAGUAUGACAUCUGUGAUUGAAUGAAAGGAUCUCUAUAGUAUAAUCUGACUAAAAGAGGUUUAAGGCUGUAACUGAAUAUUAUUUUCAUUAUCGAUUAUCCGGCAGAUUUGUUUUUGAAUCAUAUAUGUCCAUUUAGACUUUCAAUUAACUUUGUUUGUCUGAUCAACAGUUCAAAGCUCAAAGAUACUAGUAUGCUGUCAUAAAUGCCACAGCUGCAAAGUCACUGCAGAAGCUAAAGAAACAAUUAACCUCUUAACAAGACAAGACAAGACAGUUGUUAAUUCAAUUUUCUAUUGAUCGACCAAUUGAUUUAAUGGAUUAGUUCAUAAGAAAAAUUGUUUUCAUUAUCUCUUCACACUGAAACGUAGAUCUAUACAAGGUCGAAAUAACACAGUUGCAAAGUAAACAAUAUGAGAUUUAAUUACUGGGUAUCAUGAGGACCUCACAUACAAAACGUGUGUGUGUGUGUGUGUGUGUG